AAUUGGCAUAGCCAUCAGAGUGUGCGUGCCCUCCACAAGUUCCUACACCAACCGCUUGUUUUUUCCAACAUUGAUCAUCUUCUUCCUCUUCAUUUCACCGACCCAUCCUCACCCUCACACCACAUAGAGCUAAAGUAGUUCUUCAAAGCAAGAGAGAAACAGAGAAACAGACCCAUCAACUCCAAUGGCCUCCAUCGUAAGCACGGUCGCCGUGGGAAUGGUUUCGAACCGCAACUCGUCCAUGGAGGUUUCGAGGACGAGUGGAAUUAGAGGAACCGAUACCAGUGUUUCGACCCAUAAUCCAUUCAACAACCCAUUAUCUUCUUUUUCUUAUGGUAUGCUUGGUAGCAGAAGAUCGAGGUCCUUGGUUGUGGUGAAAGCAGAGGCUCAAUCUAUAAACCCUGAAAUCAGGAAGAGCGAAGACAAAGUGGUGGAUUCGGUUGUGGUCACCGAGCUCGCUAAGCCCCUUACUGCUUAUUGCAGGUGUUGGAGGUCUGGAACUUUCCCUCUGUGUGAUGGGAGUCAUGUAAAGCACAAUAAAGCUAGUGGGGAUAAUGUCGGACCAUUACUGCUGAAGAAGCAGUAAACGACAGUUGUUUUGUUGAGAGUUAUAGUUUUAUCUGGUAUAUUAAACUUUCAUAUGGUAAUUUCUUUGAGCGCUUCUAAUGAAUAAUCCUUGCACUUAUUUUGAUUGAACUGAGA